AUGUCGUCAGACUUCUACUCCAGAGAUGAUCUGGUGGAGAGGGGGCCCAUCCCCCUGGACAUCGACAAUGUCCACAUGCUGCUGCAGGUGGAACAAGAACAGAUUCAGAAGAAGACCUUCACCAACUGGGUCAACGCUCAGCUGGCAAAGCGGAGGCCUCCAUGCAUGGUCCUAGAUCUGUUCAGUGAUUUCCGUGAUGGCUCCAAACUGUUGGACCUGCUGGAGGUGAUGAGCGGCCAGCGCAUUAGUCGCGAGAGAGGCAAGGGGAUGUUUCAGCACAGGAGCAACAUCGAGAAAGCCCUCUCCUUUCUGAAGCAGAAAUCGAUAAAACUAGUCAACAUUCACAUUCCUGACAUUAUGGAUGGCAAACCGUCCAUCAUCCUUGGUGUCAUAUGGACAAUCAUCCUACAGUAUCAUAUCGAGGAGUUGGCCAGCUGCCUCUCUUUCAGCUCUCGUCAGUCCUCCAUGGAGUCUUUGAACACUCUGGACUCGCGCUCCACCCUGUCGAGCCGCUCGGCCAGCAGCAGCCCGGUCCCUCCACGAGGCUCCCCGCUACACAACAAGUUCAGGGUCUCUGCCAAGAAGGCUCUGCUUCUCUGGGUCCGUGAGCAGUGCCACAAAGCUGGCUGUACAUUAAAUGUAAAAGACUUCAAAGCCAGCUGGAGAAGCGGCGUUGUCUUCCUGGCCAUCUUGUAUGCUCUGAGGCCCGAUCUGGUGGAUCUGUCCAAAGCCAGAACCAGAAGCAACAAACAGAACCUUGAGGAGGCUUUUCGUAUUGCAGAGAGAGAGCUGAGGAUCCCCAGGCUGCUCGACCCCGAUGAUGUGGACGUUCGAGACCCUGAUGAGAAGUCCAUCAUGACCUAUGUGGCUCAGUUCCUGCAGUACUCCAGAGACCUGCCGGUGCCUGAGGAAGAGAUGCAGACGACAUCUGAUCAGAAAGCACAGGAAGUGACCUGCUGGCUGGUUCAGGCGUACGACGAGCUGCUUGAGGGAUGGAACUCCACGGAGGGAGAGAGCUACUCCGAGAGAUACCAUGUCUUUCAGACCUUUCUGGUGUCCUUUAAUGAGCAGCGGCGUCCCAUCAUGCCUCUGUUGACAGCGAUGAGACGAACCCCGAAACUUAGCGACGAGCAGCGGGCUCUCAGAGAGGCGUGGGAUACCCUCACUGAAAAGCUACGUGAAUACAAAAUGGAGUUGGAUAUGAGUCUCUCAGCGCCCUUGGACACGGUGGCUCGCUGGCUGCUGAAAGCCGAGGGGGCUCUGGCCGAGGAGGAGGGCGACCCGCAGGACCACGGCCGAGCUGCAGACGAAGCCAGGGAGAAGCAGGAGUUACUCAAAGUUUGCCUGGAGGAGAUGCCUCAGCAAUUGAAGACCUUCCAGUCCUUCCAGAACCUGGAUGAGUAUGGAAACAUGAUGGUUCCCACUGACAAGAUGGAUGAAUUAAAGAGGAGGUUCACCAGUGUUAGAGUGUCUGCCAAAUACCACGGGAUCAGGUUGGAGUACCGGGAGCACCGGCACACAGUUUUGGAUCUGUUGGGGCAGAUCAAGACAAAACUCCGGGUCUGGAAGAGACCCUAUAUCUCCCCAGAGGCUGUCAGGGUGCUCCUGCAAGAAUGGCAUGAGCUGUCGAACACACAGGAGCUCCCUUCUUUGUUGGAAGCCGCUCUUCAUAAGCUGAAGCAGAUUUCUGAGAAAUACUCAAGCAAAUCUGCCCUUGCUGGAGAUUACAACCAGGUCAGUCAGCAGGUGAAGCAGCUGGAGGAGGACACAGCUGUAGUUUUGGAAGAGGUGAAAACAACCAAAAGCACCAUGGGACGGGUCCUGUCUGCCUGGGACUCCUACAGCGACUGUCACAGCUCCUUGCAGGCGUGGCUGGAGCAGGGCUCUGUAACACACAGCCAUGGACACAGAGCAGAGGUGAGACCUGAGUCUUUGGCUGAGUGGGGCUCCCGACAGGCCCACCUGAAUGAGGUGGGUAACUUCCUCAUCGAGUCCACAGACCCACAGACCAGCAGGAGCCUGGCAGAGGAGCUGCGCAGACUCAACAUGCACUGGGCCGAGUUUGUCAAGAGAAACACGUUUGACAGCACAGCUGAGCCCAGUGCUGAUGUGCAGUUCAGACCCCAGGACAUCCAAACCAUGAUCAAGGAGGCCACUCUCAUUCUAAAAGAGCCUGUGGAGGCCAUGGCUGGUCCCCUACGGACCUACAGAAAGAGAAUACAGUUCUUAAUGAGGAAAAUUAAAGAAGUGGAUCUGGGGGCUCUGGCUCCCUCCCAAGAAUUCCCAUUGGAUCAGUUCCAGAAAGUGAAGCUCGCUGUACCUGAAGUAAUGAAGACCUUGUUUGAGGCAGAACAGGUUUGUGCAGAACUGCAACACAGUGUGUCAGGUCUGGACAGUCGCCUGGCUGAACUGUUGCAUUGGGAGACUGAGGCCAGGGAGCUUUACCAGCUGUUGAGGGCCUCAGAGCGCGCAAAACAGCGAGGCCAAGACCCACGAGCCAAGCUGGAAGGUCAGGUGGUCACAGAGGAGCAGGAUCUGCAGGUGAUGGUGAUGACAAAUCAGAAGAACUCUCCCGUCCAGUAUCUCCAUGCCUCCGCCAUGCAGGACAGAGUGCGAGCUGCUGUUGCACAGUCACAGUCAGGUCUCCCUCCCCUAGGCCACCAACUGAUGCUCAAAGUCAAAUCCAUGCUCAGUCAGUGCCCCAGACUCAAAUUCAUCCUCAGACCAUGCAGUCUCAAAUCCAAGUCCAUUCAAUGGUCCAGGCCCAAACCCAUCCCCAGUCCAUUGCCCAUCCUCAAAGCCAUGCUGUUCCUAUGCAUCCUCAGGGUCCUGCUCAAGUCCCACCUUACCCACAAGGCUACCCCCAGGGUCAGUCUCCAUCCCAGCAGUGGACAACCCAACAGGAGCCACAACACCAGGCCAUUACCCAGCAGAGGCAUCCAAGUCCCCAACCACACCCCCAGCAAAAGAGUCAAGCUCAACAUUCUCAGGCUUAUCCAACAGGCCAAAACUAUUCCCAUCUCCCAGGUCGGUGUCCUGCUUCAGUCUCAGGCUGAGUCACCAGAUCUGUGCAUUAAACCUCCAGCCUUGGCCCAGGCGCCACCACAGGCCUACACAGAGGCGUAUGCCAAGGCCCAGGCUUUAGCCAGAAAUGGUUUUGAGGAGGCAAAGCACUGUCUGCAGGAGCACAUCAUGGAAACCAUCAAUGUUUUUCAAGACAAACGUGUAUCGGCUGAACAAGCAUCCGUGAAAGAGGAGACAUUGAGGACCCUGGACCCAGAGUUGCUGGAGGAGUUCCUGAGAGCAGCGGAGGGCAUGGAAGCCUUUUGUACCCCCGCAGAGCUCAGAGACAUGGAGUUCUACACCCAGUCUGUCAGGACACAGUGGGAGGCUUGUAUCUCAGAGGAUGCCAGCUUUGCUCAGGCAGGGCAGCACCUUCAGGCCUUGAAAGAUCUGUGUGACACCCUGAGCCCUGAGGAUGCUCACCGCUUGGCCCAGACUCAGCUCAGGGAGUGUGAGAACAGGCUGGCAGCCAUCCAGCGCCAAUUCAGCGGAGACCAAGAUGCACCACUCCCUGAUUCUAGGAUACCUGUUUCCUUCAGUGAGGAACUGAACACACAAAAAGAACCUACAAGACCAUCUGACAAACCUCAGGUCUCAACUGAGGUGGCUCCAGUGAAAUUGAAGACUGUGAGUGUGGAGAGGAAGGAGGUUGAAAAGCAGACGUCCGUAGAGGAAGAAGUCCCCAAGAAGGAGGCUGUUGAAAGAUAUGAGAAUUCAAAGAAGACUCUUCAAGCCCAACUGGCUAAAAAUGAACAGAGCAUCAAAGAUGUUCCCUCUGACUCUGUGUCACUCAAAGGCCUGCACACAAGGCUCCAAGAAAUACAGUUCUUGAGACAGGAGACAGAGUCUCUGUGGUCUGACUAUGCAAACCAGUGCUUCCAGUGCGGUAACCCUGGUCUGGAGCAGGAGAAGGCAGAGCUGCAGGAGCAGUGGCGCAGCCAGCAGUCCAACCUGCAGAAGAGAGGCAGCUCGCUGGGCGCAGCCCUUAGGCAGAUAGACUCCACUGAAAACCACAUGGUGGACUUCACAGACCGUCUCGACCGCUACCUGAGACAGCCCAAAGACAUCACCGGCUUCACCCUGGCCAACACCAACAUUCUCAAAGAUAUCAAGGAACUGGAUGACAACAUCCAGAGUGAGCUUGACCAGCUUUCACGUCUGGACGCUGAAUCUAGUGAUCUGGGCCCCAGAGACUGCCCCCCUCUGUCCCGCGUGGUGGAGACUCACAAAGCGAGCCUUGAUCAGCUUCGACAGCAGGUCCGCAAGAGCGAAGCAUCCGCCCGCGCCCUCGACCGCUUCCUCAUGUCAAUGCGUACUGUAGAUGAAGACAUCUCAGGAGUCCAAGGCGCCCCCUGCAGCGACUCUCAGGUACUGCAGGACUGUCGCACCAAGCUGGCUCUGAUCCGGCAGAGCAUCGACAGUCUGCAAGAAAAGGCUCCUCAGCUGGAUCAGCUCCUUCAAGGGGCCAGGCUGACCGUCACCAGGGAUGGAGUCCCGGCCUCCUGCCUGGACAUGGUGACUGCUCUGCUGAGGAGGCUGGAGGAGGCUGACAGUGGACUGGCCGGCCAACAGAUGGGCCUCCAGAAGGAGACGCAGAGUAGAUCCCUGGGCCUGAGGAAGAGGACGCUGCUGGGGGAGCUGAGGAAGCUGCAGGAAACAAUAGAAUCGCAAGGCCUGAAGGAGCCCACCAUGCCUGCUGUGCAACAAAGGCUACGUGCCUUGUCUGAUUGUGAGAGUCAGGUGCAGAGCCUGCACAAGGAGCUGCAGACCCUCCGUGAACUUCAAGAGAAAGAAGGAGGAGGGGAAGACCUCUUUCAGGACCUGGAGAGCCAGUGGAAGGAGACUCAAAGAGCUUUUGUUGAUGGCAAGAAGCAGUACAACCUACUGCUGGAAAAUCUGAAAAAGUUCCAGAGCUGCCGCAGUCACCUGAGCAACACCAUGCAGAGAGCAGAGCAAGCCAUCAGCGAUCAGGCUUCCUACAUGGGGAAGGAAAACCUGCAGAGAAGUAUAACCAAGGUUGGUGACGUAAAGGAGGAGCUUGCUGGUCUUGGGGCGCCUAUGGAGGAGAUGAGGGGAGCUUGCAGACAGCUGCAGAACCAAAUGAAGAAGUUCCCAGACUGCAGCCAGGCUUCCUUUGAAGCAGAGGCUGACACACUCAUGGACAACUGGCUGGAUGUGACAGAGAAGACAGAUGCCUACAUCGAUAACCUCCGGGUGGGGCUGGAGCUGUGGGAGAAGCAGCUGAUGGUGGGGGGAGAGGUAGAUGGCUGGGCGGGGGCUAAACUGGCGCUCUUUGCUGAGAGCCAUCCCUUCCACAAUGAACAGCAAGUACUUGCCAUGAGGGACGAGAUAAAUGCCAACGAGGAGAACGUAGAGCUUUUCCACAAGAAGUCUGCAGAGAUCCAGGAGAUGCUGCAGGGUCAGGAGGCACCGCUGGAGCUGCAGGUGAUGGAAACCCAGCUGAGGAAGAGGAUGCAGCAGGUGAAGGAGCUGUUUACUGACUGCACGGACGUCUUCGAGGAGCUGGUCGCUGUGAAGAUGCACCUGGCUGAGAAGAUGGAGGAGUGUCAGGCGGCUGUGGAGGGCAUCCAGUGUUCUCUGGGUAAUCUUGACGCUUCACAACCAAAGGACGAAAAAGAGAUACAGGAUCUGAGUCAUGAACUGGACUCUCAGGAGGAGCAGUCCGAGGCUGUGAUGAAGGAGGUCGUCCUUGUUUCCAGCGUGGCUAGUCCUCAGGUGCUGGAGUCUCUGUCUGUGGACUGCAGCCGGCUCAGGGAGGCCAUCUCCAGAACCAAAGACAUGAUCCACCUGAAAGAGAAGAGAGGGACAAAGGCAUGCUCAAGGUCAUCAAAGUGUUUCUUAAAAGCAAAGGAUGCAGAGAAACGUCUGGAACAGCUGAAAGAUCAGUUGGAGAGAGGCAGUCGGAAGGUUCCUCCCCAGCAUCUCUCUGAGUUCAGCGACUGGCUGAAGGAGCAGCAGGAGGAGGUGGGAACGUUCAGAACGCACUGCCUCAACAGGCAGGCACAAAUGGAGUCACUCCUCAGUGACCUGAGCAGUCUGCAGAAGCAACAUGAUACCUUCCGGGAUUGGCUGCAGAAAAAGGAAAAACAGUCUGUGGGAUCAGACAAAGCUAAAGUUCUCCUCAAAGAGCUCGAGGAUGAGAGUGGUAGAGCCGACUCGCUCAGAGAUUGUCUAGCUGCAUUACGUAAACAAUGCGUCAGAGCUGAAAGCCUCCUGAAGGACGGGGACAACUUGUUACAACGCUACAGAAACCUGAAGGCCAGGCUGCAGAAGCAGGUGGACAGCCAGAGCGCGCUGGAGGGAGAACAUGACAAGUUUAGUACUCAGGCUAAAAGCACAAAGACCUGGAUAGCUGACCUGCUGCAGCCCCUCACCUCCCCUAGCAAAGACACCAAGAAGGAGGAGCUGAAGAACAAAGCCCAGGCCAUCCUGAGCUCCAAACCUGAGGGCGACUCUAAAGUGAACGACCUGAGGAAACAAAGCCAAAGUCUGUGUGAGAGUGAGGACCUGGAGGAGGACAGGAAACAAGACAUUCAGCAAUCCGUCAGAGAAACAGAGGAGCAGUGGAGGAGUGCUCUGCAGACAGCUGAGCAGGCUGUCGACAAGGCAGAAACACAAGCUGUGUUAGAGAAGGACUUUGACACUUUCAAAGCCAAGACUGAAGAAGUUCAGAUGUGGAUUAGAGACCAAGAGCAGAACCUGAAGUCGAUCGGUGGUUGCAUGAAAGUUGAAGAAAAGCUUCCGAUUGCACAAGCUGCUCUAAACUCCAAGCCUGAUGGAGAUGCAAAGCUCCAGGAUCUGAAGCAACUAUGCCAGAUUCUGUGUGACAGCCAGGGAUUGGACGAGAGCAGGAGGCCAGAGGUUCAGGACGCCAUCAGGAACACAGAGGAGCAGUGGAAGAAAGUCCUGCAUGCUGCUCAGGAUGCUCUCGACAAGACUGGGACUGAAGUUGCUGCCCAAAGGGACUUUGAUGCUUUCAAAUCACAAUGUGAAAGUGUCCAGUCCUGGAUCAAAGAGCCAAAGCAGAAACUGUUGUCCCUCGGUAGUCAUAUGCCGUUUGAAGAAAGGUUAAAGGUCGCACAGGCUAUUAUGACCUCAAAACCUGAAGGAGACUCCAAGGUGCUCGACCUGAAGAAACAAGGGGAAAGUCUGAGUGAGCAUCUGGAGGAGAGCAGAAAACCAGAAGUUCAUCACUUGGUAAAAGAUGCUGAGCAGCAGUGGAGAAAUGUUCUUCAGGCCGCCAGACAGGCGGAGCUCCGAGGUCUUUCUGACGACUUUGACUCUCAGAGUAAAAACACUCAGUCGUGGAUCAGAGACAAACAACAGAAGCUGCAGUCUGCGGGCAGUCACACACCAGCUGAAGAGAGGACUCGCACAGCUCAGAGCAUCUUGAGCUGCAAACCUGACGGUGACUGUAAGGUGAACAACCUAAGGAGACGAGGCCAGAGUCUUUGUAACCAUCAGGAUGCAGACCAGGGUAGGAAAAAACACGUUCAGCAAACGGUCAAAGACACAGAGGAGCAAUGGAGGACGAUCCUGCAGGCCGCGAAACAAGUUGAAGAUGCUGCAGGAGCUGACAUCACCAAGAAGACUGAGAAGGUGAAGUCGGAGCUGAGAGAAUUUGAUACCAGUCAGCAGGAUACUGGCAGAUGGCUUACAGACUUCCAACAACAAGUGGACUCACUGAACAGCCAAACCAAAGCUGAGGACAAACUGCACGCAGCUCAGGCCAUCAUAAGCUCCAAGCCCGAAGGAGACUCUAAGCUCCAGGAGCUCAAGAGACGAGGUCAGAGUGUGUGUGCUCAAGACCUGGAGGAAAACAAAAAGCAAGAGGUGCGACAAAAAGUACAGGGCUCUGAGGAGCAGUGGACCAGAGUCCUGCAAAAUGCCAAACAAGCCCUGGAUCAGGCUGAGAGGCAGUGUGCUGUGGAGGGCCAGCUAAAGGAAUAUGAAGCCCUGAAGAAAAAGACCAGAGCUUGGCUGGAAAACAAGAGAAAGAGCCUCGACUCUGUGGACAGUCAGACGGAUCCAGAGAAGACGAUCAUCACUGCACAGACUAUUCUGAGCUCCAAGCCUGAGGGAGACUCCAAGCUGAGUGAGUUGAGGAGGCUAAGUCAGAGUUUGUCCGACCAGGAGGACCUGGAGGAGAACACAAGACGAGAGGCUCAGCAGACAGUGAAACAGUCAGAAGAGCAGUGGAAGACGGUCCUGCAGUCUGCUGAGAGCACUCUGAAGAAAGCUGAGGUCCAGUACUCGCUUUCCAGGGAGCUGGAGGCCUUUGGUACCCAGGCAGAAAGCACCAAAUCCUGGGUUGAAGAACUGCAGAAACAGGCCAAGUCCCUAGGGAGUGGUACUCAGGGCAACCGAGCCCAGUUAGAGGACAGAUUGAAUAAAGCACAGGUCAUCUUGAGCUCCAAGUCUAAUGGUGACUCUCAAGUGACGGAGCUGAAAAGACGUGUGCAGAGUCUGUGUGAGCAAAAAGAUCUGGAGGGAGACAAGAAGAAGGAGGUACAGCGGAAAAUCAAAGACACUGAGCAGCAAUGGAGGACGGUCAUGCAGGCUGCUGAGGACACACAAAGACAGUUGAAGGGUGUUGUGGAUCGUUUGGUGUCCUGUGAAAACAAGCGCAGUAAGGCUGAGGCUCGCCUGGCAGAUCUUCAGAGGCAGACGUCCAGCCUGCCUCGUGUGUUCCCGUGGCCUGGCCUGGGAGAGAGGAGGCAGACUAUGGAACAGGCCAGAACCCUGCUGGACGAGAGUUCAGCUUUGGUCCCCGUCCUCUCAGGCCUCCGCAAACAGUCUGCAGAGCUGUUUGAGAUCACCAAGGACCCUGGUCUGUCAGAUCCCUCAUUGGCAGCCAAAGAGGACUCCAUUCCUGUCAUGCUGAAAGAGCUAACUGGUGUAGUAGCUGACCGCGAGCAGGGCAUCCAGACGGAGAGGCAGUUCACGCAGCUGGCGGAGCAGCAUGAAGCAGCUCAGGACUGGCUGAGGGAGCACGUCAAAGCCCUGGAGGCUCCUCCUGCAGACAGACAGGGCCUGCACAGUGCUGUCAACAAUCUGAAGGCAUUGCUCCAAACAGUGGACAGGGAGAAGAGAGAGAUGAAGGACCUGGACUCUGCCAGAGACAGUCUGCUGAACCUCUGCACCCCAGGAGGUAGGGCUGCUCUGACCCUGGAGGUCGGCCAUCUACAUGACCUCUGCACCACCUCAGAGAAGGAGGUGAGGGAGCGCCUGGUGGCCUGUGAGACUCGUCUCGCUGAGCUGGAUGAUCAGGCAGCCAAGAGGGCUCUUGGGUUGAAGGAGAGAGCUGCGGCCCUGCAGUGGGAGCUCCGCUCUCUGGACCAGGCCCUCAGUUACAGCGAACCACAGAACAACAUCGCUCAGCUGCAACAGCACUGGAACAGCCUCAAGAACUGCGAGAAGUCCCUAGAAGAUUUGGGUGUGAAGGUUCAUGACCUUGAUAAGGAAGUGAAAGCUACCCCCGCAGCUGAUGAGCUGUCAGCAGAGAUUACCACUGGGGUGGAGUCCUUAUGCCAGCAGCGUGACAGUCUAAAGUCCAGGCUGAUUGAGCACCAGGGUACCUGCUCUACUAACACAGCUCGCUGUCUGAUGGACUGCCUACACGACCUGCAGGAAUGGAACCAAAGCAAACCAUCACAGUCCAGUUCUUCUGCACAGGAGCUGGUGUACAAGACUGACAAAGUGUCUCCAACAUCACUGCAGGCAGUCCAGCAGUCUUCAACAGUCACUAACUGGGGUGCGAUAUCCCUGAUGGAAGGAUCCCAGCCGCAGGAAAAGAAAUCUCAGGCUGAGGCAAGUGCUGCGAAGACUGAGAAACUUGUUCUGGAGGAGCCUGAAGGAUCCACCAUGAGGAAUAUCUUCAAAGACAUACAGCUACACAUGGGAACAGGACCAAGCAGUCCGCUCACUGAGGAAUCCAAAAUGAAAGUACAGGGUAAACCAACUAAGGAUGCUCCAGAGGGUCUGAUUACAUCCACUAGAGAUCUGGAAACUCGUCUAAGCAGGCUGGUUUGUAAAGUCCUGAGCUGCAAGAACCAACCAGCUGAGCUCAACCCAACAGCCAUGGCGCAGCAGCUUGAGGAGGCUCAGAAAUGCAGAGAGACCGCUGAAGAACAGGUGUCAUUGCUCUCUCAAAUGAGACUAGCUGAUGCUGAGAACACGGAUGCCCUGCAGCAGCUGGAGGACCAGUGGAGUACUGCUAUUCAGGAUGCUGCGGCCAUCAUCCAAAGUAAAGAGGCCCAGCUGCAGGACGUGACGGAUUACUGCAGGCAGACCAAAGCAGUGGAAACCACCCUGGAGAAAUUAACAGCAGAACUGGAUGUUGUUAGAACGUCAACAGAGGAAAGCAGCCUCAAAGAGGCAGAGCGACUGUCCUCCUCACAGAGAAGUAUGGAGGAGAACAGAACAGUGCUUGGGCAAAUGCUCUUGGCCCAUACCAAGGUAUGCCCCCACCUCAGUCGGUCUGAACGAGCUACUGCACAGGCUGAUUACAAGAACCUGCAAGUGCAAUGGAGGGGCCUAGAAAGAGCUGUGGAGAGAUCCUUGUAUAACAUAAAUAUCCAUUCUCAAGAGACCAGCUGCCUUCUGUCAGAGAUAUCAAGUCUUCAGGAAGGUUUGGAGGCUAUAAGCAAAGACAUUGAAGCCAAGCCUUCCUCAGGUGCUCCAUGGGAUUGCAAUAAAGCCCAGAAACUGAUGGCGGCAAAUGCUGAAGUUAAAGCUGCCCAGCAGAAAUACCUUCAUUUGCAGAAACAGUUACAGGCUCUGCUCCUCAGCUCCCAUUGGGAGACAGAAACGAAAAAGAUAGCGCAGGACCUUCAGAGGGUCAAAGACCAACUUUGCCACACAGAGGAACUGGUGUCCUCCCAAACGCAGAACAGCAGCAACCCCACCAUGGAGAAAAUCAUUGUAGUGAUGAGGGAUGGACUUGCCUGGGCGAAGCAAACAGAGAGUGACAUUGAGGGCAGAAGGAAGAGGGUGGCUUUUUUGCCUGAGGAGGUGCACCAACAGCUUAGAGACCUAAAGAAGCUGCAGUCUGAGGUCCUCGCCAAACAGGGCCAGCUGGAGUCGCUGGUGGAGGAGGUGACAGAGCUCCUUCCUCAGCUGGACCAGGCCGAAGAGGUGCCAAUGGUGCGCAAAUCUUUGGGAUCCCUUGAAGAACUCUCAAAUUCGACUACUGAUAAGCUAGCAAAGGCUGUUAGAGAGACAGAGUCAGGACUUCAAACCAGAGAGAAGCUGUCAGAGCAGAUUGCCGACCUGGACUCCUGGGUUGUGACUCAUCUUAACAGAGAGGCUACCAGAAGUGUGGACAAUGAGCUCAGGAGUCCUUCUGAGUUUGAUCGCAGAGUUCGUCAGAUCCAAGCUACCCUGGCAGAGGCUGAGAAGCAGUCUGCUGUUUGUGAGGCUCUUCUAAUGAAGAGUAAAGACCUUGCCUCAGAACUCAGCAUCACAGAGAACUGCAGGCUUUUUGACAAGCUUACCACCCUUCAAGAGGAAAUCAGAGCCAUUAGCAGCUAUGAGAAGGCCAACAAGAAGGAGCUGGACGAACUCACAGAGACUGUAGAGUCAAGCAAGAAAGAGCUGGUAGCCAUUGAAAAAAGCCUGCGGCAGAUACUCGUAGAUCUGAAUAGAAACAGGUUUCCCAUCACCCGAGAGUCCCUACAAGCAUUGGAGCCUUUCAAACAGAUGAUUUUGGAGCACAAGUCCCGGGUUGACCUUCUGCAACCGUGGAUUCCCCAAGAAAAAUCUAAGGAACUUUACUCAGUCAUUUCUGAGCUGUACAGCAAAACGGUCACCCUGGAAUCGAGAGCCAAAGAUCAUGAGGGAUACUUGAACAUGAGGCAGUGUGUAGAGGACCUCAGGGAGAAAAUCGAGGAGCAGGUCCACGAGACCAAAGAUGACAGGAAAGACCCCGUGGAGAAGUACAAAGUCUGUCAGACCCUUCUGGUCCAGUUUCCACUGAUGAGGCAUUUGUCCAAGGAGGCUCAUUCCAAACUCCAGCUGAUCUCUGCUGAUCUGUACCCCUCCCAGCUUAACGCAGAACGACUGAGGCUCAAACAGAACGAGGAUAGCAAUGACACCUUGGAGAUGAUGCUAUACAACAACCUCAGCAUCAUAGAGUGGAAACUGAUGAGGGAACUGGACCUGGACACAGAGAGGCAAGCCGCUGUGGCAUUUCUCCAGAAUACCCAACAAGAGCUGCAGAAACACCACACGUUGGAGGCAAAUGAUACAGCAAUUGACAACGAGUACCGGAGAAUCAUGUAUUUGAAAAAGACUGUCGAGUCAAGAAUGAGAGCUUUGGAGGUUCUGGAGCAAAACAAGGGAAACAAACAAUCCCAAUAUUUGAUGGUCUUGAAGAAAGUACUCCUCAAUGAAAGUGACAAACAGAUGCUGGAAAUCUCUAAAGCCAGAGAGUCUUUCCGAAACUACACAGACGCUGUCAGACAGGCAGUCCAAUUCCUGAGAGACAUUGAGGUCUCCCUGCUGCCGCCACACGGCUCUGCUGGCCUCUGCUCUGAGAGGGUGGAGCAGACGCAGCAGGCUUUGGCUUCACUGCAGCAGCAAUUCCAGACGCACAUUGAGAAGCUCCAGAGCCAGAACGAGCUGCAUCCUUACGUGUCCCCCCAGAGGGUAGAGCAGCUACAGGAGAACAUUCUGAGCCAGCUCCUGGUGAGGAUGUCCACUCUCCAGGCAAAAGGCCACGUGCACUUGGACUGUCUAAGCAGAUGUGCAGAAAACCACCGAAAAUUCACCAAGUGUCAAGAGGAAAUCAUCAAGACUUUGAACAGCGCAGAGAACAGCCUCUCACAAUUCAUCUGUCAAAAAGUCACCUGUCUCGCUGGCUGUACUGACCAGCAAGCCAAGCUUGAAGCUUUGUCUGAGGAGGUGGAGUCACUGCAGAGGCGUCUGGGGGAGCUAAAGGAGUGGUGUCCAGAGCAGAGCUGUUGUGGAGGCAGGGAGGCCAGCGUGACUGCUCUCUGGAAACGGCUAGCAAGAGUACAUCGUUGCACACUGUGGCUGAAAACCAGAAGUAAACAGAGGGUCACUGAAUGGAGCCAAAUCACUGACAGUGUGGAGAAAGCCUCAGCCGUCCUGGACAGGUGGAGGCGGAGCUUCCUGAUGGCUCUCGGGUUAAAGCCUCGACUGAGGAGCUCCAGGACCUGCUGCAGUCCUGGGAACAGUACCAGGACAGGCUGGACUGCGAACACCGUGCCUUGUCCGCACUGGAGCUGCGCACUGCCAGGCUGCUGGGUGUCCCCGCCCACCUCGAGCAGGCGCCUUCCACUCCUAUCUGUCAGAAACUGCAGGCGAUGCAGGGACGAUACGGCAGGGAAAGGGGGCCAGAUAUUCACUGCAGUGCCAGAGUUUGUGCAGCUUCGCCUGCUUUCAGAUGAACUUGUGAAGCAGAGGAGCAGGCAGGGUUUGGAGUCGGCCAGGAUGGAACUGGAGGAGAGAGAAAAGCUUCGGGAGGAGCUGCAGGGCGUCAAGGUCUGGCUGGAGGCUGCAGACGGUCUUCUGUCAGAGAUGGAGCAGAGCCGCAGCACAAAACAGCUACAGGAGGUUCACAGCCAGCUGUGUACCCAGAAGGCUUUGCUCCAGCGCAUCAUGGAGGGCCUGAGGAUGAAGUACUCGGACAUGUACACCCUGGUCCCGGUCGAUAUCGACGGCCAGCUGAAGGAGGUCACUCAGUCCCUGCGGAAAGUGGAAGUGAAGGUGGGAGAGGCGGUGGAGAGGAGUGGUCCCGUCCACAGGCUGGGUGCUAAGCUGUCUGAAAUCCAGGCUGGCCUGAGGUCAGUUCAGAAAAGGCUCGAACAGAGGAGCCCCUCUGUGGCCCAAGCAAAGGUCACACAGAAGCGUGUGUGGGACGAGCUGGACGUGUGGCACUCGUGUGUGGCAGCGCUUGAGGUGGACAUGCAGGACCUGGAGAAGCCAGAGGAGACGCUGAUCCUCACAGAGAGGCUGGUGGAGGUCCAGCAGCUCCACUCCCAGCUCGCCAAGCAGGCGGAGCAAAGGACCACCCAAAUCAGCAAGAUCCACAUGUGGCUUCAGGAGCAUCAGGAGAUGAUCAAGAGCUCUAAAAGCUGGAUGUCAGAAGCUCAGACGUGGCUCGCUGCUCCCUGCACCUACACCGUCGCUAAAGACCUGAGCAGCCAUGUUCAAGCCCUGAAGACGGUGUUGGAUGACUCGGCUCAGAUCAGGAACACCCUGCAGGGCUUCAGCUCCGUCCUGAACGAGAUGUCGCAGGUUUGCGACGUCACAACUCUGCAGGAGCAGCUGGUCAAAGCCGAUCGUGAUGUGGCCAACGUUCAAGACGGCUUCACGGCUCCUCUGUCUCAGCUGGAGCACGCUGCUGCUGAGGUGGAAGCCAUCGAGAGUGAAGUCAGGCGAAUGGAGAACAACGUGGCUGAGAUUAAGACUUUGUUAACGUCUCCUGAGACCUUCCCCAGCCCCAGAGAAGAAAGCCUCAAGGCUGUUGAGAAGAGGAUCCAGAACAUGAGGAGGACCAUAGCGGAGAUCCAGAAGUGCAAACCCGGCCUUUGUCUUCCAGAGAAGGCCGAGGAGACUCUGGUCGUCUUCACUGUCGUGGACCAGCUGCAGACUCUUCUGCUUGAACUGGAGAAGAAGGUCCCUGCUCUGUUCAUUCAGCAGCCUCCGACUCCAGUUCAAGCCAAAGCUCCGUCAACGACCUCUCCGCUUAAAUUCCUGAAGUCUACUUCAAAUGAGGAUGAGAAAGAAGACAUGGAGCAGGGACGAAUCAGGAUAGCUCACGUUGAAGCGGACGUACUGAAGAGAUCCGGAGCCGCUCUCCUGACUGUUGAGCAUUCCUCCGCUGACCAGAGGAAGUCCAGGACAACCGACAGCACCGAGCAGCGCGAGCAUGAAGGCGUGCUCCAGGCUGAAGAAGCCAGAGAGAAAACAGGGAGUGAGGAGCAGAGAGUGGAAGAAGGUGGAGGAGGUGUUUUGUGGUGGCUCUGGGAUGCUUUCCUGGGCUCUUCUCCAGAGGAGCACAUGGUCUGGUCCCCUGAAGAGACCGAUGAAGCCACUGAACUAAGGACUGAACAGGCUGAGGAAGCGAGACAGGAUGUUGAGACCCCCUCUGACAGCGCAGAAGCAAGUUCAUCUGAAGCUUUAUCAAAACCCGUGGGCACAGUCAGAACUCAGUCGCUGCCCGAGAGCAUGGUAAACACAACCGCAACCACAACAGUAAAAGUCUCCAAAGCCGAGUCCCAGCAGAAAUGUGUAGCCCUGGAGGAGCCCCCAAGACCUGGGCCCCGCCCCGCUGAAGGUGUCCUCAAUGCAUGCCUGGGGAGGGUCGGUCAGCUGGAGCUGUGGCUGCAGAAAGCCCAGUGGAGCCUGGUAGCUGCAGGACCCGCUGCUUCUGCUUCUGCUUGCGGUGGAUCAAUGACUAUGCAGGAUAGCUUGGAGCAGCAACUCCUCAUCUGUGAGGAGAUGUUCCUGGAGAUCGAGCAGAAGAUCGCCGGUCUCUCAGCGACUGACUCGCCCUCCGACCAGCAGCAGGAGGAACCGGGAGCUGUGGGGUCUCAGCAGGAAGCAGCUGAACUUCUCUCAUCCAAACUGGAGCUGCUGAAGGCAAACCUGGUCUGUUUCCAACAGCUGCUGCAAGAACGACAGGGAGAGGAGAGAGUCACCGCUCACAAAGAGCCGCAGGAACAGAAGUCAGAACACCAGUCGGAGCGCCCCCUGGAGUCCAAGUUAAAGCGCAGCAGCAGCAGCAGCGUUCAGGAGAUCUUCUCCUCACCGAAAAACAAACUCCUGAGACAGGGCAGCCUGCAGCAGCAGAAGGAGUUGGAGCAGGAGCUGACAGAACAGAGAGGACUUACCCGGGCCAUUGCCAGGCAGGGCAGCAGAGGCCGACUCUACAGCCAGGAAACAGAGGAACACAGCCCUCCGUCACCACGGCGGCCUCCUGCUGAGCCUGAUGUGAACGAGGACCCUGCUCAGAAGAAGUGGGAUCGCCUUCACAGCCGACUGCUGGCUGUGGAGGAGAGCUUUCUGCUUCCUCCCUCUGAGAGUCUGUCUACAGAGAUGGAAACCCUUGGAAAUGAGCUGGCCUCUCAGGGACCAAAAGUGGCCCGUGCCCUUGGUUCAGAGUGUGUUCAGCAGUGUGUAGAUGAUGUGUGCAGAGUCCUUCCCGUGGUUCAGGCUGCACUGAGCUGCAGCGAGAAGCAGCUCAGAAAGCUGCAGGAGGAAACUGCAAAGCAACAGACUGUGACUCAGAUGCAGGAGUCUCUGCAGCAGCAGGUGGAGCAGGUGAGCUCCCUGCUUGAGGUGACUGACCGACACAACCUGGCUGCACCUCAAAUCCAGCAGGCCAAGCGGCUGCAGGGUGAGCUGGACAGAUCUCUGGGUGGUGUUCGCUCCUGCUGUGAUGAGCUGAAGAGCAGCGUGGAGCUGCAGCAGCAGUAUGAGCGCCUGGUCCACAGCCUGGAGGAGCUCAUCGCUUUGGGCUCUGGACGCCUCUCACAGCAGCCUGACACAGAGCUGCACGACAGAGCUCAGCUCCAGCAGCAGCUCAGCAGUCAUACAAUGUGGUCUCAGUGGGAGGAGGACAGCGCCUGGUCAGACUCCCUGCUAAGAGGGAUUGAGACUUCUCUUCCCAAAUUGCUCGCUGGGGCUGAUUCUGAGGAGCAGGUAUCAGAGAAGCUCUCUGUAUUCCAGGAGCAGCGACUCGUUCUGGAUGCAAACAAAGCACGUUUGAGUCAGAUGCUGGAGAAGGGGACCUGGCUGCACGAGGUGGGCUGCAGAGGAGUUGAAGCGUCCACCAGGAAGCUGGACUCACGCUGGAAAGUGUUGCAGAAGAGGGUGGAGCAUGAACGCAUCGACGUAGACAGAAAAAGGAAGCUGAGGAACAGGUUUCUUCGAGACUCUGCUGCACUGGCUGAAUGGAUGGGCGGGGCCAGAGACAUGAUUGACACAAGUUCAGCCAAUGAGGAGAUGGAUGUUGAACAGAGGCGGGACUAUUACCUGCAGUUUAUGGCUUUGACCAAAGAGUUGGAGGCCAAAUCUGAACUGAAGGUGGCUGUGAUCGGUGCUGGAACACGGCUGGUCAAUCUGAGGGAAACAGAUGAAGGCUCAGAUAGAAAUCCAGAGGACAGAGAGACUGCAGACCAAGAUCUGUGCUCCAUCCAAUCCCAGCUCAGACAGGUAGAGCUGGACUGGUCCAGUCUGCUGGCGGAUGUUCCUGUCACCCAACAAGCUCUUCAUAAGCGAUGGAUGAAGACGUUGAGCCAGCAGGGGGCGCUGCUGGAGCUGCAGUCCUGGCUGGAAGCUGCUGAGUGCCGGCUGGAGGAGCAUCGUAGCAGAAUAAACCAAACCUCCUCACUCAACACUGAUCUGAGUCAGCUGCUGAAGUACUGCAAGGAAUGUCAAGCAGAGAUGUCAGCCCAUCAGGCCACUCUGGACUUUGUAAACCCGCCUUUACAAACAUGCAUCACUGAAGCGGGCCAGAGGGGGCGCUAUGUACACAACCAGUUUGCGGAUGAGCAGGGUCGUCUCAACCAUCAGUGGCUCAGUUUGAAGGAAACACUCAACUCUCAGAUUGCAGAGGUGGAGCAGGAGCUGAGGAGCAGAGUGGAGCGGGAGGCUCGGCUGCAGCAGAUCAACAGCUGGAUCGCGGAUCAGAACCUCUGGAUCCAGUCAGCUCAGACACCCAGCAGCAGGACGGAGCUGCAGAGGAGCAUCAACACCUGCCAGGAUCUUGAGGACGAGAUCAGACAGAAGUCUGAGGCGCUUCAUGAGUUAAGAGACAAACUUGAUGGAGGAGUUAAAAGCUGCUGUGAUUUUAUCUCUCAGAUUGAGAAAUCCAUUCAGCGCUGUGCAGCUCUCAUGCAACAGAAGGACUCUAUGAAACAGAAGUUGACUGAUGCUCAGCGGCUGUGGGAUUGUGCGGCGAAGCAACUAAAUCAGAUGACGCUGAAAGCAGUGAGGACGUCUCAGACUCUUGAAUAUCACAGCAGCCCUCAGCUCUGCCUGCAGGCACACAGAGAUGUCCAUGAGAAGCUUCAGGUUCUUCAUGAGGAGACAGAAGCUUCCACAGCACAAUGGGACGAACUGAAUCAAACUGUUUCCUCCCUCAAAGACGUCAUAAAUCCUCCUGCCGCCAUCUUUCUCACUGAACGGCUAGACACACAGAGAGACAGUUGGUCUGUGGUGUCUGGAGAGCUGGACCAGAAGCUGCAGAAGAGUGGAAGAGUCCUGCAGGCCUGGGAGCUCUAUGCUCGGCUGGCUGCAUCUUUCUCCCAGCGGCUGCAGACGCUCCAGAGUGAAGAAAAAUCAGCGCUAAGAGGAGCGUCGACAGAUGAUAACACAGCGGAGAAGGUCACUAUGACGAUACAAAAUGUUCAGAGUCUACAGCAGAGGACAAUUAGUCUGCAGUCCGACCUGGAGGGGGUGCUGGAGGCUUCCAAGGACUUGAUUGGCCGCCUGGAACCUUCAGCUGCCGCUCUGGUCCAAUCAGAGAGCAGGUUGUUGUCACGAGGCGUCCAGCAGCUCGCCCUCAGCCUGACAGGGAAGCUGGGUCAGCUGCAGGAGGAGCUUGACAGACUGCAGGAGUUCGGACACGCACUGGAGUCACUGGAGAGAAAACUGGAGCUUUGGCAGGAGCGUCUGCAGGAUGUGGCUCAGACAGCAGACCAGUCUGGCCUCCUGGAGCUGAGCGGUCUGUCUGCUGACCUGGAUGUGCUGAAUGAGCUGAGCCGCAGCCUGACGCUCGGCGACGCUGCAGCACGCCGCCUGCAACGCCUCAACCACUGCUGGGUCGACGCCUCCGCAAGAGCUGAGGAGGCGUGCAGUGAGCUGCAGAACGAGGCACUGAAGCGUCAGAGCUUCGAGCAGAAGUGUGAGAGCUGGAUGUCUUUCCUGCAGAGGAUGGAGGACAGUCUGGCUGUAGACGUGGCCGGCUCCUACAUGGGCCUCAGACAGCAGCUCUGUACACACAAGCAUUUUCAGACGGAGCUAUCGAUCGGUCACCAAAUCCUUCAUUCAGUUAUCACUGAAGCUCUUCAUCUGCUGCAGAAAGGAGAGGUAGAGGACAGGAGUGACUUCAUCCUGAAGCUCGCCCAGCUCAGGGAGCACUGGCAGGGCGCCGUGCAGCGGGCCGACCAGCGGCGCUCACUGGUGGAGGGCCUGGUGAAGCACUGGCACCUUUACAGCCGCAGCCUCAAGAAGCUGCAGAAGUUCCUGUCUGACACACAGACCCUCCUGCCCCCCGCCGGACCUGCCCGCUGCAGCCUGCAACAGCUGAGACGCUCCCUCCAGGACCUCCAGCACACGGAGCUGUUGUUCCAGAGGUAUCAGUCCAGUUUCAUCCACACCCUGGAGGUCGGCCGGCAGCUCUUCUCCAUGGGGAAUGAGGAGACCCAGACUCAGCUGCAGUCAGAUCUGGGAACCCUGCAGGAGGAGUGGGACAACCUCCACAGCCUGCUGGGUCGGAGGAUGGACCUCACCGAGGCUAUCAUCAAGAACUGGGAGCGCUGUGAGUCCGGACUUGCAGGCAGCAUGCUGCAGCUGAAGGACAUGAAGACCAGGCUGAACCAGUCGAUGCCAGAGUGUGAUGACGAGCUGCAGAGUGCAGAGAAGUUCUACAAGGAGAACGAGGACUCCCUGGAGGACUGGGCUGAGAGCUUGACGGAGCUGAGCACCAUGAAGACGGAUCUGUCCCAGUACAUCAUCGCAGACGACGUCCUCCUGCUGCAGGAGCAGGUGGAGUACCUGCACUGUCAGUGGGAGGAACUCUGCCUCAAGGUGUCUCUGCGUAAACAGGAGAUCGCCGAUCGUCUGAACGCCUGGAUCAUCUUCAACGAGAAGAACAAGGAGCUGUGCGAAUGGCUCACGCAGAUGGAGAACAAGGUGGCGCACAACUCCGACCUGAACAUCGAGGAGAUGGUGGAGAAGCUGAAGAAGGACUGUAUGGAGGAGAUCAACCUGUUCAGUGAGAAUAAAACCCAUUUGAAGCAGCUCGGAGAACAACUCAUCACAGCCAGCAACAAGACGAAAGAGACGGAGAUCAACGACAAGCUGAAGGACAUCAACGACCGCUGGCAGCAUCUGUUUGACCACAUAGAAGCCAGGGUGAGGAAGCUGAAGGAGACGCUGGUGACGGUGCAGCAGCUCGAUAAGAACAUGAGCAACCUGCGGACAUGGCUGUCUCGUAUCGAGGCCGAGCUGGCCAAGCCGCUCGUCUACAACGUGUGCCACAGCGACGAGAUCCAGAAAAAGCUGGCCGAGCAGCAGGAUCUGCAGCGGGACAUCGAGCAGCACACGGAGAGCGUGGCGUCUGUUCUGACCCUGUGUGACGUCCUGCUUCAUGAUGCAGACGCCUGCGGCGGCGACUCGGAGAACGACUCGAUCCAGCAGACCACUCGAAGUCUGGACCGGCGCUGGAGGAACAUCUGUGCCAUGUCCAUGGAGAGGAGGAUGAGGAUUGAGGAGACGUGGCGUCUCUGGUGUAAGUUCCUGGACGAUUUCUCUCGCUUCGAGGACUGGCUGAAAUCAGCUGAGCUCACCGCAGCGAGCCCGGACUCUGCUGACGUCCUCUACACCAGCGCCAAGGAGGAGCUCAAGAAGUUUGAGGCCUUCCAGCGGCAGGUUCAUGAGCGCCUGACUCAACUGGAGCUGGUCAACAAACAGUAUCGCCGCCUUGCACGCGAGAACCGCACAGACGCCGCCAGCAAGCUCAAAGUCAUGGUUCACGAGGGGAACCAGAGGUGGGACAGCCUGCAGAGGAGGGUGGCCGCUGUUCUCCGCAGAAUCAAGCACUUUACCUCUCAGAGAGAAGACUUUGAGGGGACCCGUGAGGGGAUCCUGGUCUGGCUGACAGAGAUGGACCUGCAGCUCACCAACGUGGAGCACUUCUCAGAGAGUGACAUCGAAGACAAGAUGAGACAGCUCAACGGCUUCCAGCAGGAAAUCACCCUGAACACCAACAAAAUCGACGCCCUGAUUGUGUUCGGGGAGAAUCUGAUCCAGAAAAGCGCUCCUCUGGACGCCGUGCUGAUCGAGGACGAGCUGGAGGAGCUGCACUCUUACUGCCAGGAGGUGUUUGGACGGGUCGCCCGAUUCCAUAACCGACUUGUCAACAGACGCCCGAUUUUGGAGGAGGAGAGGGAGCUUUCAGACCGGGACACAGACCACGACGACUCGCCUGAUUUGACCAACGGGACCUCCUGGAGCGAGUCAGGCAGGAAAAAGGAGGGCGAAGAAGAAGUUCCAGCAGGAGGUGGAGUCUCAGCUGGACGGCAAGCUAUGUGUCACCUCCUGGCGCCCCCUCUGGAGCGAUCUGGGAGAGAGACCCCCGUCAGCGUGGACUCCAUCCCUUUAGAGUGGGAUCACACGGUCGAUGUGGGAGGGUCAUCGUCACACGAGGAAGAUGAGGACGCCACCUUCUUCAGCGCUCUUUCAGAUGUGAAGGUCACAGAGAGCUCAGAGUCCUUUGUUAAAGCGACUGUCAGAGCAGUGAGAGCAGCCUCCGUGAAGUCAGUGACCGACCCGCCCAGCUGGCAUCAACCUGCCUCUCCAGAGAGGAAACGAGUUCCCCGAGAAAUUCUCCGAGGCCUCAACUCGUCUCCCACACACACCACCAGUACUCCCUUUCACCAGCAGGGCUACGCUAAGCUCAUGUCGGAGUGCAGCGGCAGCAUUAACACAGUAAAAAGAGUCAAGCUGAUCCUGAAUGACGAGGUAGAGCUGGAUGAUCCGGGGUUGACCAGCAGCACGGCCGACAAACAGACCAGCGUGAUCGAGCGCUGGGAGCUGCUACAAGCACCAAAGUUCAACAAGGAGACGGACAUCAAACAGGACCUGGAGCAGUGGCAGAAGCUGAACUCCGACCUCUCUGAUGUCACUUCCUGGUUGGGCAGGGUGCUGCCAGAGCUGGAGAGGCUACAACGGAUCGCGCCGUCCACGAGCAUACGAGACAUCGAGGUCAACAUCAGGAAACUGAAGGAGAUGCAGAAGACUUUCAACAGCUACAAGUGUCUGAUGAUCUCUGUGAACCUGAGCAAUCGUCACUUCCUACGUGGCGACAGCGCCGAGUUGCGGGAGCUGCAGGACGCUCUCAGCUCAGCCAAUCACAGCUGGACGCAGGCCUGUGGGGGCCUUGAAAGCUGGGAGAGGAGGUUACACUCAGCGCUAAUGCAGUGCCAGGAGUUUCAUGAGACGCUGCACUCUCUGCUCCUGUGGCUCGCUCAGGCUGAGAACAAACUCAGUGCUGUGAAUGUCAACGACCUGUCCAUAUCACACCUGGUCCUGCUGGUGCACCAGAAAUCGCUGAAGGCUCUGCAGGAGGAGCUGCGUGGCCGACAGCGGCAGGUCUCCUCCCUGCAGGAGAUCUCCUCUCAGCUCCUCCUGGAGGCCACAGAGGAGGACAGCAUCGAGGCCAAAGAGAAGGUCCACGUCAUCUACAACAAACUGUGUCUCCUGCUGCGACAGGUGGCCGCUGACCUGCACACGCUGCAGGGAAGACUGGAAACCUGCUCGACCAGCUCUGAGAUGGACAGCAUCGGUCUGGGAACUCUCAGCUCUCCUCUGCUGCUGCACAAGGAGGAGGCGGGUCUACAGGCUGCUACAGUUGGACUACCAGCAACUAGAAGGGAGGAGAGGAGGGAUUCUUCACCACACCGACCUCUCUUCUAUCGAGUUCUUCGAGCUGCCUUCCCUCUCCACCUGCUCUUCCUCGUGCUGCUGGUUCUGGCCUGCCUGGUGCCUCUGUCUGAGGAGGACUACAGCUGUACACUGUCCAACAACUUCGCCCGCUCCUUCUACCCCAUGCUGCGGUACACCAACGGUCCUCCGCCCACAUGAAAACUGCCGUGACGCCGGUGGAGUGGAGAACUCUGUCUCCAAACUGCUGGACUUAAAACUUAACCUUAACAUGGAUCCCCUCACAGAUUAGGGUGCAAGUUCCAUACAGCUUCUACCUUCCAUGUAAGAAAAAGAUGCACUGCCUUUUAUGUCAGAAGGCCUCAUCAUGCGUGUUUUCUUCACUAAGUUUAUGGAUGUAUUUAAAAUUAAUUUAUUGUUUAUGGAAUUCAAAAAUUCUAAAACAAGAAGCCAUAUCACUGGUUAGUUAAAGUUUUGCCAUUUUUCUAUGUAGAUUUUCCAUCUAACGUCCUCGUCUUCGACACAAAAAAGUCUGAAGAUUUAUUUUAAAAUUCACAAAUAUUUCAAUGCUUCUAAUUUCACUUUAGUCCAUGGAAUCCAGUUUGAAGGACAACAGACAGUUAUUACCAAAGCACCAAGUAACAAAGAGUACACUCGCCAUUUUUUAACCACUGCAGCAAUUUUUCAUAAAGGCAGCCACUUGUUGAUAGCACAUUUUGUACAGGAAAGUUGUUUGUUGUUUGAUUGAGAAGUAUUUAAAAUAUAAAGAUUUGUAAAAUAUGACUUUUUAAAAAAAAAAGGAUGGCAGUGAAAUAUCUGAAGACAUGCCUUUCUGUAGCCAACAGAACCAGCAGAACUUUAUGAAUAAUGUACUUUUAAUGGUUUUGCUGUUGAAUUUUGUAUAUAAAAAGGGCAAACAAGGAAAGAAAAAGUUAAAUUAUUGUAUCUGCAUAUGACUUUUUGAGUGUGGCACUGAAACCUAAAGAAGUAAUUUAUAAAGGGCAAUAGUUUGAAAUGCUUUUAUUUCGUAAGUUGUUUGUGGCUUUCAAAGCCAUACAGGUUAGUUGCAGUGUAUUUUGGCACUCCCUUUUCUGAGAGCCCACAUGUUUAAAUGAGAUAUUUUCAAAUGUCAAAUUUAUGGCCAGUGUUUUUGAAAAGGUCACUUAUAUUUUGGUAAUUCACUGAAUCGAAAAGUUCAGGCAUUAAAGCCCUUACAUUAAAGCUGCAUUAGGAGAUUCUUGACCACCAGGGGGUGAAAAUAUUAUAAACACACUAAGAAGCAUACAUUUUAAACCAAUAGCUAAUCAGCUGGUUUAAAUAAUGUAGCAUUACAAUGACCUGUGUUCUUCUGUUAAGCUAGUAUCUAACUUCUUCCUUUGCUAUUAAGCGUACACAUGUAGCAACGCCUAUUUGUGUCCAAUGUCAGUUUUUCUCGCUCCGAGCAAAUAUGAUGUGAAUCAAAUGCAGCUGUAAAAGCAAACUCGCUGGCUAAAGCUACAGGGCUUAGGAGUCUAUUCUCAGUGACUCUGGUAACAUUCAGUUUAACUCAAUGCAUCAAUGAAUAAAUGUCGCCUAAUACAGUUUUAAAGGCUGCUAUUUUGUACAGUUUAAUGUAGCAAUAUAAGAAGGGAGCAAAAGAGAUUUACAGCAGCAAACAAAUAUCAAACUGCCAUUUUAGUACAACAUCUUUUCUUGUAAUAAAAAUAUUUAUAGGACUUUAACUAUCCCCUCUAGGAUUAAUUGUAUGUUGUUAAUGACUUACCCAAUGCUGUCCAAGCUGUGGUAUAACACACAGGUUGGAUGAAAAUAAUUAAAAAAAAAACAGUUUAUACUAACCUGAACGCUGAUUUCAAACUCUUCAGUCAUACAGUUGAAGGACUUGUGUCAAAAUGUAACAGGUCAGACUUGGAGUGGAAUGUGAAUGUAAGUUAUCUUUUGGGCUCUGAAUGUAGCUGUGUACAUGCACAAUCAAAGAUCAUUAACUGUACGUUAUUUGCUUUGUUGAUAGUAUUGAUCCUCAACGCUAACCGACUGUAUGAUUUGAUUUGAAAGUGUUUUAUCCUUUGUACAUAAUCUCAGCCUCACACUCAAGAAGGCCAGAAGAACAGGAACAAACAAGAAAAAGUGUGUAAAGUUUGAUUUAUUUUGUGAACUAUUUAUGGGAUGUAUAGUUUGUCAUUUUUGAUUGACAAUAAACAGUGUUUGCCAUGA